AUGCCUUUACCAAAUACAAAUCAUAAAUAUUUACAAGUUUAUUUUAUGGAUGACGAAGAGGAACAAAUUUAUGCACGAAUGGGUAUUUGCAGUGAAUUGAAUAAAGAUAUUAUAAGAGAUUUGCAAUUAUUGUUACAUAAUAUCAAUCCUUACGAAGUUCAAAACUGCAUUGGAUCAAUGGAUAUGCCCACUGAUCAAUACCGAUUAGUCAUAAAUGCAAAUAUGGUUCUUUAA